AUGAAAACACUCUUCCACCCUGCUAUGAAAACACUCUUCCACCCUGCUAUGAAACCACUCUUCCACCCUGCUAUGAAACCACUCUUCCACCCUGCCAUGAAACCACUCUUCCACCCUGCUAUGAAAACACUCUUCCACCCUGCUAUGAAAACACUCUUCCACCCUGCUAUGAAACCACUCUUCCACCCUGCUAUGAAAACACUCUUCCACCCUGCCAUGAAACCACUCUUCCACCCUGCCAUGAAACCACUCUUCCACCCUGCUAUGAAACCACUCUUCCACCCUGCUAUGAAACCACUCUUCCACCCUGCUAUGAAAACACUCUUCCACCCUGCUAUGAAACCACUCUUCCACCCUGCUAUGAAACCACUCUUCCACCCUGCUAUGAAACCACUCUUCCACCCUGCUAUGAAAACACUCUUCCACCCUGCUAUGAAACCACUCUUCCACCCUGCUAUGAAACCACUCUUCCACCCUGCCAUGAAACCACUCUUCCACCCUGCUAUGAAAACACUCUUCCACCCUGCUAUGAAAACACUCUUCCACCCUGCUAUGAAACCACUCUUCCACCCUGCUAUGAAACCACUCUUCCACCCUGCCAUGAAACCACUCUUCCACCCUGCUAUGAAAACACUCUUCCACCCUGCUAUGAAAACACUCUUCCACCCUGCUAUGAAACCACUCUUCCACCCUGCUAUGAAAACACUCUUCCACCCUGCCAUGAAACCACUCUUCCACCCUGCCAUGAAACCACUCUUCCACCCUGCUAUGAAACCACUCUUCCACCCUGCUAUGAAACCACUCUUCCACCCUGCUAUGAAAACACUCUUCCACCCUGCUAUGAAACCACUCUUCCACCCUGCUAUGAAACCACUCUUCCACCCUGCUAUGAAACCACUCUUCCACCCUGCUAUGAAACCACUCUUCCACCCUGCUAUGAAACCACUCUUCCACCCUGCUAUGAAACCACUCUUCCACCCUGCUAUGAAAACACUCUUCCACCCUGCUAUGAAACCACUCUUCCACCCUGCUAUGAAAACACUCUUCCACCCUGCUAUGAAACAACUCUUCCACCCUGCUAUGAAACCACUCUUCCACCCUGCUAUGAAACCACUCUUCCACCCUGCCAUGAAACCACUCUUCCACCCUGCUAUGAAAACACUCUUCCACCCUGCUAUGAAACCACUCUUCCACCCUGCUAUGAAACCACUCUUCCACCCUGCUAUGAAACCACUCUUCCACCCUGCUAUGAAACCUGGUCAGAUCAUGUCGUCAGUCAGAGUUUAA